UAUCAGCAUUUGUUCCACUGUGGCAACUGCGGCCAGACCGAACACCGGCAAGCGUGUGAGAGAGGGAGUCAAAUAGAAAGAUAGGGAGACAGAGUAAGUUACCCAGCCCAGAAAAAAAUAUUAAAUUAUCAGAGUCUAAAUAGAUAAGGAUAUUGGAGGACAAAAACGAUUUGAAUUUGGGGGAAUACAAAGACUUAAGACGCAAUGAUGACCCAAAUAGAGACGACAGUGCAUUAUAAUAACGGAUUCGGGGAUGAGGAGGACUACAUGAUACAGGAGGAUGAGUGGGACAGGGACAUGUUGCUGGACCCUGCCUGGGAAAAACAGCAAAGAAAGACCUUCACAGCUUGGUGUAACUCCCACCUGAGGAAAGCAGGAACACAGAUUGAGAACAUUGAGGACGACUUUAGGAAUGGCCUCAAACUCAUGCUUCUCUUGGAAGUUAUUUCAGGUGAGAGGUUACCCAAGCCUGACAGAGGGAAGAUGCGUUUUCACAAGAUUGCCAACGUCAACAAAGCCUUAGAUUUCAUCACCAGCAAAGGAGUGAAACUUGUCUCUAUUGGAGCUGAAGAAAUUGUGGAUGGUAACAUUAAGAUGACACUUGGAAUGAUAUGGACCAUCAUCCUCCGCUUUGCCAUCCAGGACAUCUCUGUAGAAGAAACCUCUGCAAAGGAAGGCCUUCUCUUGUGGUGCCAGAGAAAGACUGCCCCCUACAGGAACGUCAAUGUCCAGAACUUCCAUGUUAGCUGGAAGGACGGACUGGCCUUCUGUGCCCUGAUUCACAGACACAGGCCUGACCUCAUCGACUACGCUAAGCUCAACAAGGAUGAUCCUAUGGGGAACCUGAACCUGGCAUUUGAAAUAGCAGAGAAGCACCUGGAUAUUCCCAAGAUGCUGGACGCAGAAGACAUCAUCAACACCCCCAAGCCUGAUGAGAGAGCUAUCAUGACCUAUGUGUCCUGCUUCUAUCAUGCAUUUGCUGGAGCCGAGCAGGCUGAGACGGCGGCUAACAGGAUCUGUAAAGUGCUGGGUGUGAACCAGGAGAACGAGAAACUGAUGGAGGAAUACGAGAGGCUGGCCAGCGAGCUACUGGAGUGGGUCUGCCGGACCACCCCAUGGUUGGAGAACAGGACUGCAGAGAAGAUCAUGGUUGAGAUGCAGAGAAAGCUGGAAGAUUUCAGAGACUACCGCCGCAUGCACAAGCCCCCCAAGGUGCAGGAGAAGUGCCAGCUGGAGAUCAGCUUUAACACCCUGCAGACCAAGCUGCGCAUCAGCAACCGUCCCGCUUUCAUGCCCUCGGAGGGAAAGAUGGUGUCUGACAUAGCCAGUGCAUGGCAGGGGCUGGAGGGGGCAGAGAAAGGCUACGAGGAGUGGCUUCUGACAGAGAUCCGAAAGCUCGAGAGACUGGACCACCUGGCUGAAAAGUUCCGCCAGAAAGCCAGCACCCAUGAGACCUGGGCUAAUGGUAAAGAGCUGAUUCUAUCUCAGAAGGACUACGAGACGGCCACCCUGACAGAGGUGCGGGCGUUGCUACGGAAACACGAGUCGUUUGAGAGUGACCUGGCUGCUCAUCAGGACAGGGUGGAGCAGAUCGCUGCCAUCGCACAGGAGCUCAAUGAGCUGGACUAUUAUGAUGUGGCUGCUGUCAACCAGAGGUGCCAGAGAAUCUGUGACCUGUGGGAUCAACUUGGUACACUGACCCAGAAGAGGAGAGAGGCUCUGGAGAGGACAGAGAAGUUGCUGGAAACCAUUGAUCAGUUGUUCCUGGAGUUUGCCAAGAGAUCAGCACCCUUCAACAACUGGAUGGAAGGGGCCAUGGAGGAUCUGCAGGACAUGUUUAUUGUACACACUAUCGAUGAGGUUCAGAGCCUGAUCUCUUCCCAUGAGCAGUUCAAGGCCACCCUCCCAGAGGCAGACGGAGAGAGACAGGCCAUCCUGGGGAUCCACAUGGAGGUGCAGAAGAUCUCCCAGAGCUACGGCAUCAAGGCCAACCUCAUCAACCCCUACAGCACCAUCACCACCGAGGAACUCCUCGCCAAGUGGGACAGGGUGAAGAAGCUGGUUCCCCAGAGAGAAGGCUCCCUCCAGGAAGAGCUAGCCCGGCAGCAUGCUAGCGAGAGGCUGAGACGGCAGUUUGCUGUCCAGGCUAACCUCAUCGGACCAUGGAUACAGACAAGGAUGGAGGAGAUUGGCCGCUGCUCCCUGGAGGUGGGUGGUACCCUGGAGGACCAGAUGACCCAGCUGAAGCAGUUUGAGCACGUCAUCGUCACCUACAAGCCCAACAUCGACAAGCUGGAGGGAGACCACCAGCUCAUCCAGGAGUCUCUGGUGUUUGACAACAAGCACACCAACUACACUAUGGAGCACAUCCGUGUGGGCUGGGAGCUCCUCCUCACCACCAACGCCCGCACCAUCAACGAGAUCGAGACCCAGAUCCUGACCCGUGAUGCCAAGGGCAUCAGCCAGGAACAGAUGCACGAGUUCCGCUCUUCCUUCAACCACUUUGAUCGGAGAGAGACACUUCUGAGUGUGACUAACACCCCCUCUAACACCUGGCCCCAGGAGAACACAGGCAAACUGCAUUGUGAGGAGUUCAAGGCCUGUCUGAUCAGCCUGGGUCAUGUGGGCAAUGACCAUCAGAAGAAACACGGGGCGAUGGACACUGAUGACUUUAGAGCCUGUCUGAUCUCCAUGGGUUAUGAUUUGGGUGAAGUGGAAUUUGCCCGCAUCAUGAUGCUGGUAGAUCCCAGUGCCACUGGCAUGGUGUCUUUCCAAUCCUUUAUCGAUUUUAUGACCAGAGAAACCACUGACACAGACACAGCCGACCAGGUCGUGGCAUCCUUCAGGAUCCUGGCAGCCGAUAAGCCCUACAUCCUGGUUGAUGAGCUGAGGAGGGAGCUCCCCCCUGACCAGGCAGAGUACUGCAUCUUGAGGAUGGCCCCCUACAGUGGUCCAGGGGGACCCGUGGGAGCUCUAGACUACACUGCCUUCUCCACUGCCCUCUACGGAGAGAGUGACCUCUAACUCUGCAAGAUGACCCCCAAGAUUGACCUUUUGACUCCAGCCAAAACUUCUGGAUGAAAUCCCCUUUAAUCUACUGUAAAAGCAAGGAUUAUGAUUAUUUAAAUGUUGGGAUAUCUGUUUGCUGAUUUGAGAAAAUAGAUCUGGACUAUUUUAGCAAAAGCUUGAUUGAAAUGACAGUAAAGUAUGCCAUUUAAGUAUCAUAAUAGGUUCUAUGAUAGCACACUGAUAACAGUGUAAGGUUAUCAAGUGUGCCUCUCAUACUCCAUUCUAAAAAGUAAUGACACGCAUGUUGUUUAUGUCAACAAAAUGUACUUGUGAUAUAAUCAUAGCACAUGGUGCCUGCUCUAUGCUAACUUUUCUCGCAAGUUACCCAAUAUAAAUGAAGAAGAGUUUGGCUAAAGGCUAUGAGUGAUUGAUUGAACAAUACGUUACACAGUUCACACAAAAUAUAUACAUCUCAAACCCAAAGCUAAGAGCCUCUUCACACACUUACUAGACAUUUUUCGUAAACAUGUCGGCUACACGUUACUCAAAUGUAAACCUCUGGAGGUAGUGCACAACACUCUCUCAACAGCUGCCCCCCUUGAAGCAGUGUAAACAGAAUUGUCUUGUUAAUUGAGCCAACACACCUACAGUAUAAAUGGUAAUAGUAGAGCAAUGUUUUUCAAACAGUUGAAAUGUAUAGACAUUUUCCUAAUAUUUGAGACUGAAUAUUGCAGUAACAGCCAGUUACAUUCUGAAACUGUUGCAAUAGCUGUCGGCUGCACUGAGCCAGGUAAAACUAUGGAAGCCCAUCCUCACCACCAAAAACAUGUCAAAUGAUGGCUAUGUUUUUUGUUUUUUUUGUAACAUUGUGUGUUGAUUUCAGAGGUGGCUCCACAGGUCCCAGAGUGGUGGGAGAAAAUUGUUUUCCUAAGGCCCGUUUUUCAUGAUCUGGCAGUAGGCUAACCUAACCAACUCUGUACCCUAGUUGUAGCAUUUGACAUAGUAAUAAAUCAGCUGUACAAAAAAAAGGUUUUAUAUGGGCUAUGAUGGCAUCAGAUCAUUUUUCUAAUCAAGUCAUAUGUGUUUUUUAAAAGCCCCUGGAAAACUCCUGGCCCUAGAGAGGAUGGAAACAUUAAAACCCUUUACACAGACAAAGAAAGAACAACUGCGAUUGGACAAAAACGACAAAAAAUGAACAGAUCUGAGCUCGCUGUAUGCAGGAUUGCAUCAUUUAGGCCUUUGCAUCUGUAAUUAAAAAGAUACUCAUACUGAAUGUCAUCA